AAGAUAUUCAGUUAUACAAUUCUGAAGAUGAUUUUGAGAAUGAUUUUGAAGAUAAUAUUGAAGACAAUCUUGAAAAUAAUUCUAUUACAAAUAAUUUAUCUGAAGCCGUUUCUAUUAUGCUAGAAAUUAAAAAUAGUAUUAAUUUGAAUCUUGCUUUAAAUAAUACCAAUCAGCCUUUGAUUUUAGAUGAUGUUAUUGAUCAUGGUGAAAAGAAUUUUGAUAUUGACACACUUGUCAAUUAA